GCUCUGUGAAAUCCCCUCAUAUGGAUGGCUCUUAUUUUAUGGCAGCCACCGAUUCCACUGGGAGGCCUCUUGCUCUUCGUUUUGACAAAGGUUCCAAAAUGGGAAACACUCUAACAGUCCUGGAAGAUUCUUGGACUAAGAGCCGUUCUCAUUCUCUUCCAGUGGGAGAAACACAAGGGCAUGAAGAUCAAAACAGGAGCCCUGGUGGAAAAUCUGAGCCAGAGAAAGUCGGUUCUGUAAAUGACAGGUUUGGAUCAAAAAGUAAAGAACAUGGUUCAGUUAGCAUACCCCCAUUCAUGCUGUCAGCACCUAGAACUGUGGCUUCAGAUAGCCCUUCAACAACGUACAUGAACACAAGCCCUGACAUGGGGUCUCGUCAGCCAGUGGCAACAGAUCCAGGUUACAGGAAGAGUCGCCCUUCCCAUGAGGAGACCACAUCAUAUCUAAUCAGAACUAUUGCGUCUCAUAUGAACAAGAAUAGUCCAAUGGGGUUGAAAUCAUCAACAAUGGGGGCCACACUUCUUGAAAGUAAAGAAGGGCUACCUCAUAGACAGAGUGGUGACACUGGGAGCUGGUCAUCACAAUCAAAUUCUGAAACACACAAAGACACAGAAUCUCCUCAUCCAGCCAAAGUGCCACGGCAGAGUGAGGACCAUAUGAAACAAGCUGCAUAUUCAAGUCAGCUAUCUGUUUAUCCAAACAAGCCUCCUUUUGAUGAGAUGACUGUCACACGAACAGUUGGACAUACUGUAUCUGAACCAGACCCAUCUGCAGCAAACAAACAAGGCAGUCCAAAGCCACGUCGGGUUUCGUAUCUAAUGGCAACCGCCAAAGGUCCUUCCUCUUCUUCUCCAUCAGACCAGAAAAUUUGGUCCACAGCUCCUCAAAGCAAGGGAAAGUCACCAUUGGUUGAAGCAUUUUCUAAUAUGUUACCACCAGUUAUGGUACAUGUUUCAUCUGGAAUGGAGCUCUGUGAGGACGUGAAUGAGGAUGAAGGGAUGGACAUUCCUUCUAGUGAGCAGGAGGAUGAGGUACAGUGCCAGCCAGAUGUAAGUUGAUAGUCCGUUCAAUUCAAAUCCUCCAGCAAAGCUUUGAGAAUCAAAGUUGGAGUUUAGCUUUUACUAGUGCAAGGCUGUUGGAGAAAUUGUUGAGGGCUUUUGUUAAAUUUUUGGGCAGUCUCACACUUUCACACUUAUCUAAUUUCCAGAUUAUUAACAUAAAUAUUGGCCAACUUGCAAAUAGUAUAGCAGUCUAUUAUGGGUCUGUUAUUAAGAAUGAGAUAUAUAACUAAACUCUCUUAAAGCUAACUGCCAGAUCUAAAUUGUUUUUAGUGUUGGGAAAUACCAACAACUGAAUACAUUUUACUAUAAAGGAAUAGGUCAAAAAGGAAAUUAUUAAGUAAAAGCUUGGUUACUUCAUUAUUCUUUAUAAUAAUAUAUUUUUGGUAUACAUGUAAGUGUAUUGGUAAUUAAGUUACUUUCUCUGUUGGCAAGGAUGCCAAGAAUUUCAUCAUUAUGAUAACAAAUAACAAAUUGCACUUUAUCUAUACAUAACUGGGUCUGUUCUUUGUAAUCACUUAUGAAAAUAUGUAUUUCAGUUUUCUCUCUGUUAUUUUGUUUACAUUUUGCAUGAUUGACCAUCCAUUAUGUAUUGCAUAGGUGUUUUCAGGCACUGGUGAUGAAAAGUCUUCCAAUGAGGGUACAGCCCAAAGAACAAACAGACGUAUCUCCUAUGUCAUGGCAACGUCAUCUCCAACAUCUAAACAUGAAGCAUCACUGGAAGCUACCAAGGAAGAUGAGGUAAAAACCUUUCAAUGACAUACAUGUUGACAUACAAAGUGGACACCUAUUUAAAGUGAGCACUUCUUAAAAAAUCUGGCUUAACCCUUCAACUCCCAGAUCAAAUUUGUCAUUCUCCUUACUGUCAACCAUAUGAUUCCUAUAAUGUCAGCUCAGAGAAUUUAGUAUUGGAUCAACUAAUUAUCCCCAAAUUGAUAUUUUUUUCUUUAUUCUCAUUACUCAUCUGGUUGAUAUUGUAUUGAUAUUGUAUGGAGAAAUUCUGUCUUGGUCACUCAUGGAAGUUAAGGGGUUAAAGGAGGGUUAUUUACUUAGAAACUAUUAAUCUGUGUUGGUUCAGCUGUAGCUGUAGCUCAAAAAGUUAUGAAUUAAGUGGCAUUAGAAAUGGGCUUUCCUUGUAUCCCCACCAUCUAAGAGAGUGAGGGAGGAGGGGGGAGGGGCUUAUUCGAGAGAGACACCCUUUUGAUAGCGUGGUGUAGCAGGAUGGCACCUUUUAAAGUAUGGGAGCUUACAGUAUGUUGAGGUUCAAUUUGAUCCCUGGUUGAAAAAUGUUUAUUGCCAUGGCACAAGGAAGUGGUAAGGUAUCAAAAUGAGUGACAAGGAGAGGUUACAAGUAACCAAGUAUAAAACUGAACCAAAAAACAUGCAUCAAGGAUGAAAAGUUGUAUACCUUACAUGCGUUGGAAAAAUUAUUUAGAGAAUUUACUUAAGAUGUCAUUGCGAUAAACCUCUUAUAACAACUUUGUCAUUUGAAAUGAUGUGUGUUAAGGAUGUGUGUUACUAUAUGUGAUCAGAUUUAAGCAUUGCUUGCUUGGACCAAGGGCUUAUGCUCAAAAUUUCAGCUUUGAAAUUCUUUUUGGUGGCUAAUUUAUGUUAUCAACUCAGUUUACAAUACCAUAUUACCCUGUUGUACUCUCCCACCAAUGCAGCACCACAGUUUCUUUAGAAACGUGCCCCCUUUAUUCAUGAAGCAUAUUAGUUCAUCCCAAACUGGAUAACUUAAUGCACAAAGUUUAAAUUAAAUGUAAAGUGUUGACAAGUCAUUUCAUGAUCUCUCUGGUGAAGAAGCUAGAGUGCCCCUGACCUACUUCUCAAACCAGCUGUUACCUUGAGCUCUACAAACCCUUAUGCUUUUUAUCUUGAUGAAUCCACAGCUGAUAAAUAAUGGUAAUUGAACCGAGUGGAGUGCAAUUUGGGCUGAAAUCAUAUGCGUGAUUUCAAAAUUGAAUGAGUGCGCAGCGUGAGUUCGAUUUGAAACCACAAGUAUGAUUUCAGACCAAAAUUGUACGACAUGAGGUUCAAUUACCACUUUAUUACAUCCAUUUUGAUAUCGCUCAAAUACAGGCCUUGGUCAGUUAAAAUAUUUUAUUGAUGCAGUACUGAGCUGGUUUGAAAUUAAAUUCAUCCAUUUUUUGGGGGGUUUUGUUUUUGGAAUCUAAAGUAGCAAAAUUUGCCGCAUGAUACUCUUUGUCUCACAUUUUACAGCAAUUUGAUUGGUUACUCUAAACAAGCCUUGAAAUCUGAUUGAUUGUUUUGUUUUUAGUGUAGCCUCCUCAUUGGCUGAGAAAAAGAUGCAAUUUAAAGCAAAAAAUGGUGCGAUUUGUGACUAAAUCACACCAAUUUGAGCCAAUCAGAUUACAGGGACCACCAGUGAUUUCAAAAUGGGUGUAAUAAAAUAACUAACUGCAAUUGUUAAUUGACACAUCUAUUUCAACCAGGAAACCAAAGAUAGAAAUGAUCAAGUUCCAGGAAUAUCAGAGGUAAGCCACUGUGUUGCUGUUAAUAAGUAAUUUGGUUCUUGGGGGUAAGAACUCAGGUCCCAUUAAAAUGUUAGUUUAUCUUUCCUGUGGUUAAAUACUCUGAUUUUAUAUAAUUAGUGCAUGUGUUUUAAUGCUAGUAGACUUCUUUAUUCACAACUGAAAAGGAUGCUGUUAUAUCAGCAUUAAUUUUUUAGAUGUAGUUUAACUGAUGUUUCAAUUAUGUUUGUGGUACAAUCGUGCAGGUGUGCAAGGAAGGUCUUCUUUAUAGAAAAGUAGCAGUGGUGGAUGGAGGCAAGGUAUGAGGGCAAGAAACAUUUAAAACAUAAGUUUUGUAUUUAUACAUUUUUUUGCAAAGAAUAUGAUAUAAAUUGUUAAGAUUUCUGUAAUUGUCGUGGCACUCACAAUCAAGCUAUGAAAGUAAAAGCAUGUUUCUUUGCUAUGAAGGUCGAUAUGGCAAAUAAUGAUUCCAACUCCCAUUCUUGAGAAAAGCUAACACAUUUCUGUAAAUUUGUAAGAAGAUAUUAAAUGAGCCAUUUCAAUAUGCAAUAUUUUACUGACAAAAUCAAUUCAAACAUUUUCCCUCUUUCCUUCUUGGAAAAACACUUGUCCAAAAGAAAGAUAAUAUAUAGAUUUAGCCAAGCCGCAUGUCUCAACGCCUUGCCCUGGCCAGGACUAGAACCCGGGUCGUCCGACUUGGAGCCCAGUGCACUGACCACUGGACUACAGUCAUAUGGUCAUACAUCCAAAUUUUUUUCGGCUUGAUGGGUUACUACUAUUUUGUAUUAUUAUGGGGCUACGCUCUGCGAGCUCCGCUAUAAAGAAUAGAAGAAAAAUCAAAAUUGGAAUUAAUUGGUAUAAAAAUUAUCCUCAAAUGGUGUUGGUGAAAAAGGAAAGAAGUAAGGAUGUUGGUUAGAUUUUGAACUAUCAUAUGUUAAUGUGGUACUUUAUUUUUUCUUUGGUUCAAGCGCUCAAGUGCACGGUCUUGGAAACCUGUGUAUGCUGUUCUCAGAGGCCAUGUUCUCUAUUUGCAUAAAGAUAAACACUCUGCUCAUCAGGUGGGUCGUUUAACCCUUUAAUUCCAAGAUCUGAUUGUUAAUUCUCCCCUCCAGCUGCUGCACAUUUCCUUGUAAAUUGACUGUGAGAAUCAGUACUUUUUGUGUCAAGACUAUUCUUUGAAAUUGUAAUUAUAUUGUGUGUUUCAAAGGGUCUGAUUUAAUCUAUGUAAAAUUUUAGGAGGACAGUUCUGAUGAACAGCCCAUCAGCAUCAAGUCUAGCAUUGUGGACAUUGCCCAUGACUACACAAAAAGAAAGAAUGUUUUCAGAUUGACAACAUUCAAUGGAUCAGAGUUCUUAUUUCAGGUAAUCCACUUAAAAAGCUUGUAGGCUAUGGUCCCUGUCUCAGCCUGAAACAUUUCCACUGAAUUGUUUCAAGAAAGUAGGUAAUAAUAACAAUUGAUGUCUAGCUUUUAGUAGACAGUGUAGUUUAGUUAAUUUCAUUAUAAUAGCUAUUAGCUUUUCAUUUUAUAGUUUAAUCAUUGUUGUGUGGUGCUUUGAGCAAUUAGUGGGCACUCUAUAAGUGUUACUAUGUUAUUAUUAUUAUUAUUAUUAUUAUUAUUAUUAUUAUUAUUUUGUUUGUGUGGAAAGAAAGGCUAGCCCUUUAACUCCCAAGAUCUGAUUGUUAAUUCUAUGCUCCAGCUGUUAUAUUUUUCCUUGUAAAUUGGUUUUGAGGAUUUGGUGUUAGAUCAUGAUAACAACUUCCACCUGAUCAGUUCAAGUAUUCCCAUUACCUGUGUGCUGGGUAAUGUAUAGAUAUUAUAUGGAGAAGUUAUAUUUUAAUUGCUACUGGAAAUUAGGGGGUUAACAGUAGUUCUCUUCAUUAUUUUGUAGAGUGAAGAUCUUGACUCCAUGAUGUCUUGGAUUGCAGCCAUUCAGGCCAACAACAACCCAGAUGAAGAUGUUAGUGUAUUUUCCAUUAUUUUAAGUAAUUUUGAGCUAUUAUGUUGAAUAUAGAACACCAAAAAGAUAAAUCACUGAAAUUAGUUCAUAAAACUGUCAAGUAAUACAAACAGAAAUGCUAUCUGAAGUUUAUUAAGGGUUCUAGACGUUUGCAGUUUUGAUGGACCCUACCCAACUGUUUCUAAGUGGCAAACUGAAGUAACUGUUGUUUAUUGUAGGUUUCCCAGAAUGCUUUUUUCCCUCUCCUCUCCACUCCUUUCCCCCUCUUGGUUUCGCACUAAGAUGCAUUACUAACUAGAACCCUUAUUGUGUGGUGCUGCACACUCUGUAAUGAGAUCAUCAAAGACGUAAAGAUGACUUUUCUCUUAGGAAAAUGGCGUGAGUAGUCAGAGUUUGAUCAUCAGAAGGAUGAAAACGGUGGAACAAGAGACUUCUGGGUAAGAAGUAAACAUUAACUCCUUUAACCACGUAUAUCGUUAGAAAUGCUAUCAGCCUUGUAGCGUGAAAGAAAAUGUAUGUAUGAAAUUAAUUUUAUAACUGUGAAGAGGACCGCUCUUGUUAUAUGACUUGAAGCAUGUACUUGAUGUAAUAUACUUUGUAAUGUAACGUAUGUUUUAUAUCUUAAGUGUAAAUUGUAAUUUGUGUUGUGAGCUUCUCUUGUAUUUUAUAUUUUUAAAUACAUGUUGUUUUACCUGGUAUGUCUUAAGCAGACCCUCAUUCAAACCAGCUUGAAGCUGAACUGGGCCAGCCUGCAUAAAUAUCGCUAAUAAAGAAAUAAAUUUAUAAAUAAUUAAACCCUUUACACCCUAAGAUCAGAAUCCAUAUUCUCUAUACUCAUCCCUAUACAUUUCCUUUGGUACUGACAAGGAGAAUUUGUGCAACAAUCAAAGUUUCUUAGUUUGGCGAUCAUAUCCUUUUAGUUAUUUUCAUGAUCGUAGUGAGUGGUUCGACGGUGUUACUUUAAGGAGAAAUUAGAUGCUGGUCACUCAAAGAUAAACAGGGGUGGCUAGUGAAGAUAAGGGUUCUCUCUUGAUAAUCAUUAUUGUUUCAAUAAUCAAUCUCAGUAUAUGCGCUAUUGCGCACCUACCCUUCCCCUAACCAAACAUCAACCUAACUUGUUAUUAGUUGACUGUUUUUGGGUUGGGGAGGGGUAGGUAGGCAGUUUCUCAGAUACUAACGUUGAGCCAAUGUUAUUUUUUAUAGUACAACCGCUGCUUCGUCUGGUCACAAAAUGUCGCCUCCAGUGAACACCAGGAUACACAGCCUUGGAAUAUCAAACAUCAAGAAGAGCCUGUCAUUCAAGAACAUUACCGCUGGACCGAAAGGUGCAAGACGCAAAUAUGAUGAUAGUCUGAUGCUCGGAUGGUCUGAGCUCGUUUAUUCUAACUCCUUCCUAUCCCGUCUGGUACACGAUGGGAGGAGAGGAGGGGUUACACCUAGUGACAGUUUGAGAAUUGGACAUUUCAAAUGAUUUUGGUGUUCAAAACGUGUAUAUUUUUCCCCAGUUGGCUUUGUUUUUAGAGACAUCCUGGGUUUUAUUAUUUGGCAAGACAUCUAAAUUCGAACUGGGAAAGACAGCGAGGCUCUGAAAUUCACACUUGCAGCCUCUGCUCAACGCUUUACUCAUCUUUGUACUGUUUCUGCUCCUUUACAGUUUUAAUCGUAGUUUUCGCCGCAACUUUUGCAGUUUCUCUCAUUUCGUGACAUUUGAAACUUUGCAGUCUUGACUUGUAUUCCCUAGUAAUUUAUUGGUUUUUGAAAAUUUGUCAUCUUUGGUUGUUUUUUUGAUGAUGAUUUUGUUUUUGAAGGUGAAGGUGGGAAAAACCAUGGAAACAAAUCGACCAACAAGCGGAAGAAACCUAAACACCCAAAUAGUUAUCCAUCAGGUAGAGUGUCCUAAGUAACUAGGCGGCUAAAAGUGGUCACAAUUAUCGCUGUAGUUGACUACGUUUUAACGAGGGAAUGUUUAGGCAGAUGCGGUGUUAUUACAUUGUAAGCUUACUUGUGUUCUAAUAAUAGAAUUGUCUUUAUGAAAUUGUCAAAGUACUCUGUGCGGAUCAUAACUCACACCUGCAUUACCUCUCCAUGGUAAAAGUGGAGCUUACAUAGUCGUUUAAACAUUGAAAGUAUUUCAAUUUUAUGAGAAGACUGUGAUAGUGCCGUUGCUGUGGCAAUUUAAGGGACUUACUGUAUCAUGUUGUGUUUUUAGGGCACUCUGUUGGUGUACCACUAGAGCUGUGUCCAUCAUCCAAGGCUAACAAGGUUGGUUUAAAAAUAUUUACACUGCGUGAAAAUCAGGGCAAAUCAUAAACUCCAGUGAGAAUAAACCUUAGAAAAAUGAGAAUUGUCCUACUUGUCACCCAUAAGGCAUUUCGAGCGCGCGUUUUAAACGAGUACUCGCUAAUUAGGAAGUCUGAAAAUAAAUGUUGUUCAUGAAGGUAGAAUCGAAUAAAUUGUUCAACGACUCUUUAUAGUUCUUAAGUAUCCAUUGGUUGGUUUCUGGCCGCGAUUCAUAAAUUACUUGUUCACUAAGUUACAGGAAAAUAACUCUAAAACAUAAAGGUAGAUCAUGAAUCACCUGCUAUAUACGUGGCAGCUUGCUUGACAGAAAAAAAAAGAAGGAAACAUGAAAGUAAAUCAUUAACCCUUUAAGUCAUACUAGUGACCUACACAUAAUUUCUCCUUACGCUAUCAGCACGAUAUCAAGCAGACAAGUAAUGAGAGUACAGAAAAAUAUCAAUUGAGGGAUUAUUGGUUGAUCCAAUUCCAAAUUCUCCAAACUAAUAUGAUAUGAAUUGUAUGGCAGACAGUAAAGAGAAUUACUAAUGAGAUCUUGGGAGUUAAAGGGUUAAAAAUAGUCUAGAACAAAACUAAAAAGGAAAAAAAAAAAAAAAGAACUCCAUCAUUUGUUAACUAGGCAGUUUAAGUGGGAGUGGGCUCGACCACCUGUGCGCUGGAUUUUUCGGGCUGAGCAUUAAUCUUCUUCUCAAAGAAUAUAUUGGGGUGUUCUUAAUUUUUUUUCCGAAUCCCUUGCAACUAGGUAUGACACACCUUUCUUAGGGUUAUUUCAAAGUUAUCUCCGGCAUGAAACAGUCAUUUCGGUUCGGUCUUACGAAUUUUGUAAAAUUUCAUCCGACGACACCAUAUGGUAUGCAAAUGAGUUUAAGAUCUCAGUCUUCUAAAAGUAUGCAGGCGCCAAAUACCUUACUGUAUUUUCAAUCGAUAAGUCCCAACAUCUUUUUGUUUAGUUUUUGCGCAAAAUUUCGUUUCCGCCAUUUUAAAGAGUAAGAAAACAAUGACAAAGGGGGAGGCAGGGAGGCAGGGAGGGGAGGAUUUUGGUUGCGUCACGAUAAAAUUUACCCAGGGCUCUUUCUCCUCCCCCACAUGUUAAUUCCCCCAUAUUCCCCAUAAUUAACUCCCCCAUAUUUCCAUAUGGAAAGCAGCAUCGGAAUCGGAACACCAACCACGUCUUAAGCAUAUGUUUUAAGCGACGGCAAUUAUCCGGAAUACGACAAUUCAAAAUGACAUAAUCGAAACAAACGUGAAAAUAGUUUUACUUUACUGCGUUGUUUAACUUUCUCAGUUAGUUUGGGGUCAUUAGUCAAGGAUUAGUUAAGGAAGGCUAACACCAUAUUGCCGUGCGAACUGAUCACAAGGGUAGUGAAUUUUUUUUUUUUUUGGUGAUAGAAAAACUCUCAAGACGCCUAUGAAUUUUAGAGAUAUUAUUGUAACUUGUAAAGAAUGUGUAAGUAAGCGUAUGGAAUAACAGUGAUCAUUUCUGGCUCGAAAUGUCUUGUUUUUUUUCGAAAUUUUACAUAACACCUUAUCCUGUUUGCGCAGCAACGAACUUCUGAUAGCGUUCUAUCCUAUUCUUACCAUUGUUUCGUUUCAAAUUCUCUCCUGGUGCGAAACGGAAAUAAAAAAGCCUAAACAUUUCAUCGAACUCAAAGUUAAUUAAAAUAUUUCAAAAUCAGUUUGCCUACGUGACUAAAUUUUAAAUUUGAACAGCUAGAUGCAUUCGGAGAUUGUCACAAAUACAGUUUUUCCUGACACUUGGCCAGCUUGAACUUUCUUUGUUUAGUAUGUCUGGCUGAUAAUGAUUCAAGUCUCAACUUCAGGCUGAUGACAUGGACUCCAAUUGGCACCCUAUCAAUUAAGGAGGAAUUGUUUUUAGUAACAUAUAAAAAAAAGAAAAUAUCAUAUUAUAAGAGUCUCUUUUUAUGCCUUAUAUUGCUAUUAAUACCUGAAAGACCUGACCAGUUCAAUUUAAAAAAAAUCAUGUUUGAACAAUUUUCUGACGCAUUUUAAGGAGGCUGGAAACAGUCAGUCAAACCAAUUUCACAGCUGUUGACUAAAGGAUAGAAGUGAACAUGGCAUGGAAAUCGCUUUUAUUAUGUUGAUGUUAUGGGUAAUCUUAUGCAACAGUUUUUUGGGAACGUGUGUGGUUUCGACAAAAUAUUUCUUGUCGCAUUCGUAGAUAAACCCACGUGAAAAAGUAAACGAAACAACUUCGCUAACAAAAUAUCCGUUUUGUUUACAGUUUUACUCUCGAAUUUCUUUGUCUAUGAUUAAAAUUUCCGUAAUGCAUACAAAUCGACUUUUUAAAAAGGGUUGUUAAAUGUCCAGCUUAUUUUGUGGUAGUCUAUCUCAAGUCGCUCUUCUGAAUAAUCGAAGUAAGUUUGAAGGAAAAUUUCCAAGGAAAGAGUUAGAGUGAUUUUUGCAUCUUUUAGCGUGUAAAAUACUCUUUUGCUUUGUCUAUCAGCUGUUCCUUUAUCGGUUAAUAAAAUGAUGGACUUGGAAUAAAUAUUUCAGAGUCCAAAAGAAAAGUAAUGUUUUAACAAUAACUUGAAUUUGUUUUCUCGCAGUUUGUGCCUCUGAUCGUGGAACACUGUUGUGAGGUGGUAGAGAAAAAGGGACUGGAGACUGUUGGUGUCUACAGGUAAACAAUAUAAGAAUAUCUCGAAAGCCCUUUGAUAAUUUCUUUACCCUUGAACCCCUGAGAGAUUGGCUUCUAAUUUCUCCUUACAGUAUCAGACUUGAAUCAAAUAUAAAGGGCAUGAGACAAAAGGAAAUCAUCAUCAGUUUAAGAAGCUUCUGAUGAUUGUUAAACAAAUUCUCCUUGUUAGCGCCUCAGGAAAUGUAUAGAGAUCAGUGUGGAGAAUAUGAAUGUGAAGGGUUAGACGGUCUCGAACGUCUCAAAACUCGAAUUAAGCUUUGAUCCUCAAAGUUUUCGAGAAUAGGGGAUCAAAAAUCGAUUAUCGUGUUUCUAGAAACUAUCAACAUACGUUUUAGCGGUGUUGUGCACCUCAUCCGCAGUCUGUGCAAUUUCCACUUCAAGUUUCCCUCUUCUAUUUCUUUUCAUUUUGUGAAUUUAUUCCACGAUUUUCGUAAAGCGAUCCUUCACCUCUUUUUCCCUAUUUCAUGAACAUAUGUAUUAUAACCCUAAGCAAUUUUUUAUUAUUCCUUGUUUAUUUAUAGAGUUCCUGGAAAUUCCGCUGCUGUCACUGCUUUACAAGAAGAGCUCAACAACCGAGGGAUCGAAAAUAUUUGUCUCGAGGAAGAGGUACUUUAGUCGUCGUGUCUUUAGAAACGCUUUUGCAGCUUUUAAAUGUAAUUGCAUGUCAGAUUUUAAAAAGUAAGCCGUAUGCCUGCGAUAUUUGAGCUUUAUCGAGGUGUCUUUGGAAUAUCUUAGCGCUAGUUUGGAUAGCUACCUUUUCUGUAUGAGGUGCCGAACAGGAAAUUUUGCGUUUUUUUUUUUUUUUUUUUUUUUUUCGGAAAGUGGAUGAAAGAUGAACUGGAAAGAUGAACUGGAAAGAUGAACUGGCUCAAGCCUUUCUUUUUGUUUGCCAAGGAUAUUAGUAUUAACACAGAAUGGCGGGUCAAUAAAGUUCCGGUAUAAAAGCAUUUGUACUGUGAAGUUAACUUUAAUCAAAGCCAGAUUUUAAGGACGGUGUUUGGGAACGGAAAGCACUGGUGACAAGUUGGAGAGCGACAACAUAAAGAAGCUGUAAUCCUCGUUUACCUCAUUCAUGUCUGGAAACAAAGAGUUAUAGUUACGGUUUACGAUGUGGUCAUCUUCUCUCGAUUCCCUUUAGUCUUUUUGUCAUUGAAUUGGUAUUUCUGAUGGAAAUAGGUUCACUUCACACUAGUUAUGUAAACGUUUAGAACUUGAUGAGGUUGUUUUUGGACUCUCAUUUAUUUCUAAAUGUCUCUUUGUAGAGGUGGAAUGAUGUCAAUAAUAUCACCAGCCUCAUAAAACUCUUCUUGCGGAAGUUACCGGAGGGUCUUGUUACUGCAGGUACUAAGAAAAUCAAAAGAAAUGAACAAUCGUUAGACGAGGUUGAGCAAAAUAUAAUAAAGUAUCAGUAGCGAACGGAUUAAGUAAUAAAUAUGUGCCUUUAUUUUCUGAAUAAGACGAUUGCUUGUUUGUUUUGGGGGCCAACAAAUUGAGUCAUUGUUAACAUUUUUUUCAUACUUCCUUGCACAGAUUUGUACGAUGGAUUUAUUGAAGCCAAUAAGAAGGAGGACCCUGUUGAAAGGAUGUGGGCGAUAAGAUCCAUGGUUAGUUUUGUGUAUAGUAUGAUGAUGAGGUAGUGGAAGGCUUUUUGCUCUUAGGAAUGAGGUCACGGUAUUUUUGGUGACCGGUAGGUACAUUACACCUUUUGUAACGUGGAGAGCAUCCAAGGGAGAGUGUCCGUAGGAAAGUACCCUUAGGAGAAUACCCGUAAGAGGGUACCCGUAGGAGAGUGCCCGUAGGAGAGUGCUCGUAGGAUAGUACCCGUAGGAUAGUGCUCGUAGGAUAGUGCUCUUAGGAUAGUACUCGUAGGAGAGUACCCGUAGGAGAGUGCCCGUAGGAGAGUGCCCGAAGGAGAGUACCCGUAGGAGAGUGCCCGUAGGAGAGUACCCGUAGGACAGUACCCGUAGGAGAGUACCCGUAGGAGAGUAAGUGUUGGAGAUUAAGCGUAGUAGGGUACCCUUACCCGUACCCGUUUUCGUACCCGUUUUCGUACCCGUACCCGUACCCGUUUGAUAUUGUUGGGAGAAAUUCUGGCUUGGUCACUCACGGGUGAUUAAAAGAUUACCCCUUACAUAACCCUUUUGCCGUUAUACUUUUCUGUUCUCCUUUUCAUCCCCUCCUUGAGUUUAAGGGUGAAGGGCAAUCUCCUCAGGAUAAAAUAAGGGGGUUAAUUUGUUGUUACGGAUGAAGGACUGAUGACGACUCAAAUCACGGAGUACAGAGGAGUUGUUCGUUACUGAUUUUUUGUUUUCGUUAGGUGCAAGAAUUGCCUGAUUAUAACUUUGAAACACUCAAAUCACUCGUGAAUCAUUUGAAGUUGGUGUCAGAUAACUGUGACAAGAAUAAGGUAAUGUGAAUAGUCAUGCACACUGUAUCUUUCCACUCGUGUUGGCCAGUUAUCUGUUAACAAUGCCUCUACUUUGCGAGUUAAAAUUACAAGGGCUUAGUGCGAUCGUUUGGUGAGAGAAAUCGGAGAAAAAGACAGAUUUACUCUUGACUGAAGUGCCUGCUAUCCGCUCCCCUUAGUGAGAGUAAUUUUGUCCUCUCGGUCUUGCCAGUAUUGGAAGCACGGCGAUUGAACCUGACUUUGCCAGGAUUUUUGCGCCCCAAAAAUAAAAAGAAGAAACCCGAAUGUUGUUUACAGCCUAGUGAGCGGAGUUAUUUGAUAUUCCGUUAUUAUCCUAUUGCGCUAAGUAAUGAACAAAUACCGCGUGAGUCCAUUACAAUUUCCUUGUUGGUCAAAAUCCUGAGAGAUACUACACACCAAAACGUCCUAUACGUUACAUACAUUAUACUCGAUUGUUUCAAACAUUGCUCGGCUAGUGUUUUAAGUGUUGGGGAAUAUCGCCGUAAAGAUUAACAACUCUGAAGUAAUCACAUGCCAAAACUCUAUAUAAUACCAAAGAACGAACAAGUCUUUUGUUGCUCUGCUUUGCAGAUGGAAGUACGUAACCUGGCCAUUGUGUUCGGCCCAACCAUCAUUAGGACUGGGGACGACUCUAUGAUGGCCAUGGUGAAAGACAUGUCGGACCAGUGUCGCAUAGUUGAAACACUUAUAUCUGAAGUAAGAAAAUUAAAGGAUCGAUAAACUUAGGAUGGCCUCAACGUUAUUAUUAUGCAAGUUCCAUUUGUACUAAAACUUGCAAACUUUAUUUCAGUGUGAUUGGUUUUUUGAGGAGUCUGAAGGUGAUGAAUGCCCAGUGAAGGUAUCAUUCAAUUACUUUUUCCUUCCAUUUUAAUUGUUUUUUCUUGAGAUUGUGGUUUUUGUUAGUUGCUCUGUUAAGAGGAGACUCGGGCGAAUCUGAAUUGCAUUGUGAAACGUGUAAGUUAAUGCCUCGUGCAUUAGACGAGUUAAAUGGGUUCAAGCAAAAGUGGGUCGAGCCACACAUGUCUAAAAAAGCCUGUCAACAAGCACAAAUUGCUCAUUAUUUCAGGCCCAGUUGAUCUUUCUUCCAACAUUUGUUUAUCCUACUCGGUAAUCAAUAUCAAAAUAGUCGAGUUCAGACCGUUCCCUGUUGUUUGUUCGUCUGUUUUUGGAGUGGUUUUCGGGUGAGUGUCGAAAGUAAUCCCAGAUUGUAUUGGUUUUGCCUUACUUCGCUCGGUGAUUGGUCCAGAAAACUCGCGCCACUCUCUUAACCAAUCAGAUGCAAUACAAAGAACAAUCACGACUUGGUCACCCGUGUUUUCCCGCGCUUUAGGAAGUUCGCUUGGUUUUAGUGCUAGUUCUCCCUUUUUUUUUUUUGCGGUAUUUUCUUUCGUCUCCUUGGGCGAAGUGAUAACUUCGGUUUUCGUUAUAGGACACUUAAUCGAAAAGCGCUCUAAACUCGUUGUUUUCAGCAUUUUACUAACAGCGCUAUGUGUUAGGCCAUGAUGUUGAAAAGAAACCUUUUAAUUACCCUUUAUAAGAUGUAGACUGAAGAAGUUAUUGAUAUUUUCCUGAUAGGCCCUCCCGCAAGGUCAAGAAACACUGCAAGAGCAUAUCCUGUCUCAAAAUGUUCUAAGCUCUUUAGGACAGGUUGCUGUAAAUUUCGGUGAGUUCUCAGUUGUUUACCUUUUCCUCGAACAAGAAAAACCAUACAAACCUGAGAUUAACUAUAAUGGCGAAUAUCAUCGUAGUAUUAUGGUAGUAAACUGGACGUUGUUAAUACUAUACCUGAACUACACUGUUAUUUGGAUUUUGCACUCUUAAGGCACUGGUCAAACAUUCAUUUUUACGUUAGUCGAAUCGAUUAGCGGUUGGCGAGAACAAACGAUUUUUCCUUAUUAGCAAGGUUCCGGCUAAAAUACAAUAGUCGCUGUAUAACCUUCAUGUGUCAUAAAGUGUAGUAGCACUUCAGAUCCACACCCAUGAAAAAUGGUUACAGUUGCUUACAAUAUGUUCAAACGAGGAGAUAAAACAGUCUUGCAGACCACGUGACUAAAAUGGAUUCCGUAUCCGUUUACUCAUGCUUGUUCCGCGAGGUUCCCAAUAACGUUCGAAUAUGUCACGUAUUGCUUCCACAAGAUGGGGAAUAUAACAACGAGGAGUCAAAUCGGAGUGUGUAUGGACAAGGCUCUUACCUUUUAUUAGCAUUAAUUUGUUUGUUUUCUUUCCAUAUCAGGAGAUGAUGGGUCAUAUAAACCGAAGGUGAGUGUUGUUGUUUAGUUUUGCUUUGUACUUUUUUUUUCUUGUCCUGCUGAAUGUCAGUUCUGAGUUAAUCUCUCUUCUCAGCCCAUACUUGUUUCUUCAGCCCACUUUUAUGUAAAUCGUGAUCAGUUACGACUGCUUACUGGUCAUGAGAAAUAGAAUGUUUUAUCAAGGGGGUCCUUAUACCUAAAUAAAGGACAAUGGGUCACACGGUCUCGAUAUGUACUGUAACCUUUUCUUAUGCUUGCUGUUGGUCUUACAGUCCAGCGGAAUAUCUCUUCACAUCCCAAAGUUCCGAAGUGGUAAAAGUUCAAAGUCUGAUUCGGGCCAGGGCAGCUCCUCCGAUGGACCGCUGUCCGAUUCACAGGGAUCCGAGGGUUCGCCUCCUCUCGAGAGAUCGCCGGUGGUGAGAGCUUUGUCAGGAGAUGGGUCGAGAUCUAACUCGCCCACCAUGGAACGAUCAACAAGAUUUAGCAGCAAGAGGAGUACAGAGAGUGCCCCGGGCUCUCUCCAGUUAGUGUUAGACCCUCCAGACGCAGAGUUUAGAGCUAAAGGAGCAGGUUCACUUAAGGCGUAUUCAUACGCAAUGCCGCCCCCUCCGUCUUAUCGACGCGUUAACCCCCAGAAAAGGUCAACCAGUCCCGCAACACCUGAGCAGCCGCUUGCACCUUUGGAUGUCACCUUUACCAUGGUGCAGGAUACAGAGGCAAAGAAGUUGGCUGACGAACCACCCAGUGAUCAGGACAACACCCCCAAGCCGAGCUUCUCUUCCUUCAGUGAAGAGACACGCCGAAGGCUGCUGAGGCUUAACCUGCAGAAGAAAGCUGCGGAGAAAAGGCGACAGAGUGAAGAUAGGGGGGUGACAUCCCCCACAUCACCACCUGGUGAAAGGAUCGAUGACGUAUCGCGUGAACGGAAGAUGUCGGAUCAGGGCGUGUUUGAGAGUACUGAUCAGCUGAGUAGCAGCAGCACUAGCCGAAGUAGCAGUGCACAUAGCAGCAAGAACCCGUCGCUAGACUCGCUUCACGUUACUGUUCAGCCUCAUCCUGAUAAGAAGGCUAGUAUAACUCUUCACAGCGAAGCAGCGCGGAUAAACAAUAGCGUGAAGGCGAUGUCUUUUGCAAACGAGGUGGUACAUCACGAGCCAACGCCAAGAUCCGACGAAACCGUGGUGGCUGUUGUAAAAGGGCGUGGAGUAGUGUCUGGGACACUGUGGCAGUUUGAAUCACCUAGGAGGCCAGCUAGUCUGGAUCUCAAGACAAAACGAGACAGUGCUGAAGAGCACCGCCUGGCCAGGAGAUCUCUGGGAUCUGAAGAUAGCAGUGAUGCAUCCAGCGACGAAGGAAACGAAUGCGCCAUCAGCAUGUCCAAGACGUUUGACGAAAAGCUACGGAUUUUACUGGAUGUAGAUAACACAUAUGGAAAUAAAGAAAACAGAGUUGAGGCACAAAACUAUGAGAAUAGAUCCUCUGUGAGAAGCGAACCUCUGAAGAGACCAAUCCCAAGUGGCGUAGAUACGGCACAACGGCGAUCAUCCGAUGAACCAGGUAGAAUUUACAAGAUUGUUGGAGUGAGCCCUUCAACUGAUUCUCAAGGAGAAGGGUUUCACACAAGGAAUUCUGAAAAAAAUACAACUCCAAGGAACGCUGAAAAUCCUGUAAUAGAGCGGAAAUCGAACAGUGUAAUAGAAAUAAACACGAGUAAAUAUUUCACGGUUCCUUCAUCAGACGAGCGGCCAAGGUCCCAGCCCUCCUCUCCACCGAGGAGGGUUAGCGUUGAAAGCACACCCGAAGUUUCUUCCAGAAAGGUGGGUACGUUACGGCAGAGAUUUGAGAGCACCUCAAGUAGACUGUCCGAUGGUAAUACUACACCUCGGAGUAGCAGCCAAAAUAGGGGGAGAGAUUCUCCAUCUUCCCUUGCUGCUCGGAGAAAGAUCGGAUCAGUUCAUACAACGACUCCGGUUUCGUUGAAAGAGUUUAACGUCAAACCAAGUGUUACAAAGACUCCGGGGGGUCAGCCUGUUCAAGUGCCAAGGGGCCAGAGGGGCAUGCAACGAGAAACAGCACAGAGAUCACCAGAGAGCAGAACGGUGAGCUCGAGGAAUAUUCGGCUCGAGUCCAGCCCAGCGAAACAUUUAUCCACAUCACCAGCUAGAUAUAGCUCAGGAAGAACUGAUAGCGGCCUCGACUGGAAUGUGCCACGGUCAAGAAUGAAUGUUUCUCUAGUCAACGAUAGGUCAAAAGGGCCGCCGGUUGUGAAUAAAACGCAUGCAGCGCCCAGAGUUGUGAGUAAAGAGUAUGGAACCAAAUCUAAACUCUUAUCACACAAGGACUCUGCUAAAGAGCUACUGCCUUCCAAGGCUAGAAUAUCGUCAAGGGACGGUAGAGGUUCUCAGACCCAGCGCAAGCUGGAGAAGGAUGCACAACACAUCGCUGAAUUACUAGAGGAGAUGCACAGCGAGCGUCAUCUUCACUUGUCUCGUCAGCAGUCAGACAUAUCAGGAGAGGCGCAGAAAGCCGCUGCUCAGCGUGCUGCUUUCCGCAGGCGCAGGCGGUCUCUGGGAGAUGAUAACAACCCUACUCUUGCACUACAGAGGCCGACCUCACCUGAGCAAGAAAAGGAAAGUUUGCUUGUUAACAAAGGAUGGGAAGGUAGUCAAGGAAACUACCGCGCAUGGCCUCGUGAAGUUGACCCAAGACCAGGUAGCUCGCAGCGCGGAAGCCGUGGUGUUUACACUGUCACGAGCUGACCUACGGACAAAUAAGACUUCUCAUAUGACAUAUUGGUGAUGGAUAUAGUUCAGCUGACCCAAAUUAUCUUCUUUCCCCUUUGACUCUGUGAUCCUUUCUAUUAGCCGUUCGAAGCUGAAAUACUUCAGUGUUCUUGGUUUUUUAUCAGCACGCUGGAGAAGUAUAUAUCUGUUUUAUUUUUAAAAAAACUUAAUAAUUAUAAUGCAAUUAUUUCUGUAUUAUUUUGCUCAAAUUAUUUUAGUUAUUUUUGCAAUGCUGCUUUUUAAAUCUUUUUCCAUCUUCUUAAACUGUUGUUGUAUGUUACUGUAUCAUAAAACCUUUAAUAAGCAGCGGAAAAUGCUUGUCCUGUGAAAAAUUGAUUUCUACUUUCCAUUUGGCAUGUUGUAACAAAAACACGAAGAAUACAGAACGAGAUUGAGGGCAUAUUUUAACUUCUAAGGACAUGUUCCCUCCUAGGAAUAGUAAAAGUUAUUACUAAUAUAUUUCCUUCAGUAUCAAGGGAAAAGUAUUGUGGUUGUAAACAGAGGAUCAAAUUUUAAAGACUUUGUUGUACAGAAAAAAAUUUUUACAGCUAGGUCGUUUAUUACGUUUCUCGCAUAUUUUGAUAUGUUGCUGAUUGUAUGACGCGACUUGCUGGACUCGUAAGUCUGCUGUACAUUACAGACCCUUUAUUUUAUGAAAUUUUUACUUUUUUUUUUUUUAGAAAUGGUUCAAUUGCUACUACAACUUCUAUUUCUCCAUAUGUAACAUAAAGUUAUUUUAUAGACUAAGUGCUAUUCUUUAAAAUUGAGGUGCUCUACGCUUAAAAACAAAUUCUUAAAGUAAAAGCUUACAAGACUGCAAAUAAUGACAAGUAAGAGUCACAUUCCUUGACAAGGCUUAGAAGGUUUCUAUUUUGACAGCAUUAUUUUUAUAUCCCAACUGUGCAGUGUAAAGUUUCUAUAAAUUUCAAUAUUCCCCUUGCAAGCGCGUAGCUCUAUAAGUUUUGUAUAGUUUGUUGUCAAGGGUGUAUUCUUAUAUCAAUAUAUAGAAGUAUUUGUGCCUUAGUGUGAAAAGUAAUGUGGACGAUUGGGGCUUGACAAUAAUUAUUAUAAUUAAUGUUUUC